GAGCAGCAGCCGCCUCGGCGUGGCGCGUCAUGUGAAAGGCGGGAACCUCGAGCCAAAACUUCUCAUGCCUCGAUAGCCCACCGAUUCCUCCUCACAUUCACCGCAAUGGCCAAAUCCAGCGGCCUCACGGCCUCCAUUCCCCAGCUACGCAAACAGCUCGACCUCCGCAACCCCACCAACCGCCAACACCUCUUCUGGCGCUCCUUCGACCUGCUCAAGCACAUCCUCCUCCUGCUAUUCCUCUUCCGCUACACCCGCGCAACCUUCCUGCAUCUCCGCGGGUACGGCGUUGUAGGCUCCGCGCAAAAACUGUACAAAGACACCUACCGCAACCUCUAUGCCCUCUUCCUUCGCCUACCCUUCGUCCAGGCGAAAGUCCAGGCGCAGGUCCGCACCGCAGUCACCGAGCUCGAAGCAAAACUUGUGCCGUCUGGUCCCGGCGUCACACAAUUCACCUCUUUGCCAUCAUCGGGAUGGUCGACGGAACAGAUUCGAGCGGAGCUGGUGAAGCUGGGCGAGAUGAAACAUGCGCGUUGGGAAGAUGGCAAGGUCUCGGGAGCGGUAUACCAUGGAGGAUCCGAGUUGACCGACUUGCAGAGUGAGGCUUUCAACAGGUUCGGUGUCAGCAAUCCCCUGCAUCCCGAUGUGUUUCCGGGGGUGAGGAAGAUGGAGGCGGAGAUUGUCGCCAUGGUGUUGGGUCUGUUCCACGCACCCGAUACUGGAGCGGGCGUGACGACGAGUGGUGGAACGGAGAGCAUUCUCAUGGCCGUGCUGGCUGCUCGUCAAAAAGCGUAUGCCGAGCGCGGUGUGCGAGAACCCGAGAUCAUCCUGCCUCACACCGCGCACGCCGCCUUCUGGAAAGCCGCCGAGUACUUCCGCAUCAAAGUUUACAAAGUGCCUUGCCCGGCACCAACCUACAAAGUGCACACCCCGACCGUCAACCGCCUCAUCAACAGUAACACCAUCCUCCUCGUCGGUAGCGCGCCCAACUUCCCUCACGGCAUUAUCGAUGACAUCUCUGUCCUCUCGCGCCUCGCGCAAAGACACAACCUCCCUCUCCACGUCGACUGCUGCUUAGGCUCCUUCAUCAUGCCCUUCCUCUCCAAAGCCGGCUUCCCCGUCCCGGACUUCGACUUCCGCCUCCCCGGCGUCACGUCCAUCAGCGUCGACACGCACAAGUACGGUUUCGCGCCGAAAGGCAACAGCGUUAUCCUUUACCGCUCUGCCGACCUGCGCAAGUACCAAUACCACGUCUUCCCCGAGUGGUCCGGCGGCGUGUACGCCUCACCGUCCAUCGCCGGCUCGCGGCCCGGCGCACUCAUUGCCGGCUGCUGGGCGAGUUUGAUGAAGAUGGGCGAAGACGGGUACCUCGACACGUGCCUCAGGAUUGUAAGCGCGGCUCGAAAGCUGGAAGAAGCGAUUCGCACAUCCGAGAAACUGCGCUUCUCCGUCGCCGUCGUGGGCAAACCCAUGGUAUCCGUGGUAGCCUUCCAAGCCCUCCCUCACCGGAAAGACUCCACGCGCGAUGUAGACGUCUACGACAUUGCGGACGCCAUGAGCGCCAAGGGGUGGCAUUUGAAUGCGCUGCAGGAUCCACCGGCGCUGCAUGUCGCCGUUACCGUCCCCGUUUCGGCGGCGGUGGAUGAGCUGGUGGCGGAUUUGGAGGAGGUCGUGCAAGCGUGCAGGGGCAAGCAGGUGGGCAAGAAGGGGACCACUGCGGCGCUGUAUGGAGUUGCCGGCUCGAUCCCAGAUAAGAGUAUUGUGCGGGAUUUGGCGGUGGGGUUCUUGAACACGCUGUACAAGACUUGAGGUAGUUCGUAGCGUAAAGUCAUGAUGUAUUC